AUGGCACGCCAGUGCUAUGUGACUAGUGUCCGAAAAAUAAAGGGAGACAUCAUACAGCUUUCAGAGCUCGAGCUUGAGCUUGAAAAUCGUGGGAGACUUGCCCCGGUAGAGGAGCUGGUCGAGGUCAAGCUCAAGCCUGUUGAAGACAUGCCGAAAAUUGACCUUGAGGUUGCAGUAUACAGGCUCAAUGUAAACCCAAGAGCCAAACCUGUCAAACAAAGGAAAAGACAGUUUGCACCCGAACAGCGCGAAGUCAUACGAGAAGAGAUUGCCAAGCUCCUCAAUGCACAAUUCAUCCGAGAAGUGCAAUAUACUGACUGGCUCGCCAAUGUAGUUCUCGUGAAAAAGGCCAAUGGAAAGUGGCGAGUUUAUAUUGACUUCACUGAUUUGAACAAAGCAUGUUCAAAAGAUAGCUAUCCCCUACCCUGGAUUGACAGUCUCGUUGACAUUACUUCGGGUCACAAAUUGUACAGCUUUUUGGACGCAUUCUCAAGGUACCACCAAAUACCAAUGGCCACAGAAGAUCAAAAGAAGACCUCAUUCAUGGCAGAUUUCGCCAUCUAUUGUUAUAAGGUCAUGCCAUUCGGCUUAAAGAACGCAGGGGCUACAUAUCAGAGGCUGAUCAACAAGGUCUUUGUUGAUUUAAUUGGAAAAACAAUUGAGGCUUACGUUUUAAUUGGAAAAACCAUUGAGGCUUACAUAGAUGACAUGGUGGUCAAAAGUAAACAGGUAGAUGAUCAUAUCACCGAUCUUGAAGAAGUGUUUUCCACACUGCGAAAAUACAACAUGAAGCUUAACCCAACAAAAUGUGCCUUUGGGGUAGCAUCAGGAAAGUCUCUAGGUUUCAUGAUCACAAAUAUAGGAAUAGAAGCCAACCCUGACAAAAUACAAGCCCUAAUAUCUAUGGAAGCCCCCAAAGAGCAAAAAGGACAUCCAAAAGCUUAUAGGUCGGCCUUCCAACAGCUUAAGCAGAUUUUAGCUGUACCUCUGGUUCUUGCCAAACCAAAGCCUAGUGAUACUUUGUUCCUUUACUUGGUUGUUUCUCGAAAUACCGUAAGUGGGGUGCUAGUAAAGGAAAAAGGAAAGGUGCAGCAACCCAUCUACUAUGUCAGUAAAGUACUUCUUGACACCGAGACUCGGUAUAACCUUGUGGAACAGUUAGCUCUUGCCUUGAUAGUAACUGCUAGAAAGUUGCGGCAAUAUUUCCAAUCUCACCCCAUAAUAGUUCUCACCAAUCAACCACUCAAGCACAUACUUCAGAAGCCAGAUGUCUCAGGAAGAAAGGCCCGAAAUAAAAAACUUGAGCACGACCUCAAAAACCUGGGAGAUAUUUGUCGAUGGGACGUCAAACAGCUCGGGCUCGGGGGCGGGAUAAUUAUCAUCAGCCCGGACAAGACCACUGAAGUUCAAUGCGCGCUUAGGUUUGAGUUUGAAGCAACCAACAACGAAUCAGAAUAUGAAGCUGUGGUCAUUGCUCUCGAACUUGCCAGGAAUUUGGAAUUAGAGAACAUCAGAGUCUUCAGCGACUCACGGCUCGUUGUUGGACAGAUCGAAGGAUCCUUUGAAAGAAAAGAUGAACAGAUGAGCUUGCACUGCCUAAAAGUACAUGACCUUCAAAGACAGUUCACAAGUUGUGAAAUAUUGAAAAUAGCAAGAGCAGAUAACUCCAAAGCUGACGCACUAUCCAGAUUCGUUUUCACGAGGAUAGAUGGACUCAACAGAACAGUGCACAUCAAGAUUGUUACAGAGCCUAGCAUAAACACGAAGCUGAGCGUCAUGGACAUUGACCAUGAGCCUUCCUGGAUUGAUCCAAUAGUUGAGUAUAUAAGUAAUAGAGACCUACCUCCUGACCCUCGCGCCGUAAGGAGUAUUCGGGCCAAAGCUUCAACGUAUUGCAUUAUCAGAGGGGUGCUGUUUCGACGAAGUCUCAUACUCCCCUAUCUGAGAUGCCUCAAACCUUCCGAGUCUCUCCAAGCCCUGACUGAGGUUCACGAGGGAAUAUGCGAAAAUCACCAGGGAGCCAGAGCCCUUGCCUACAAAUUAAUAAGGUAUGGGUACUACUGGCCAACUAUAAAGAAAGAUGCAGCUGAAUAUGUCAAAAGAUGCGACAAGUAUCAAAGGUUUGGUAAUGCUAUACAUGCCCCUGCAGAAGAGUUGACCUCUAUCCAUUAUUCAGCACCAUUUGAACAAUGGGGAGUUGACUUCCUUGGGCCUUUCCCCAUGGCCCGAAGACAGUUAAAAUUUGUUGUGGUAGCAGUUGAGUACUUCACAAAAACUUCUCAUAAAACAGCAACAGGCGAGACUCCUUUCAUGUUAGCUUUCGUCUUAGAGGCCACUAUCCCCAUCGAAGUCAGUCUCCCCACUUUAAGGAGAGUUGAACCCGGCAUGGAAGACCAAACAACCGAACAUCUUGACUUACUUGAAGAAGUAAGAGAGCAAGCUUCACUGAGAGCUGCUAGUUACCAAAAUAAAACGGCAAAGUACUUUAACACCAAAGUCAAGUCCCGAGAAUUUAAGAGUGGUGAUUUGGUUCUAAGAAGAGCAGAGACAGCUGGACACCCUCGAGAUAAACUUGGACCGGUAUGGGAAGGGCCAUUCGAAGGAUCAAAGGAGGAGCAUACAGCCUUAGAGAUACUUCAGAAAAUCCACUCCCAAGGCCUUGGAAUGUGGAUAACCUAA